GGCACAGACCCGACCGGCGACCGCCGAUCACCCGAGAACACAGUUAAUUGAGCCGCUCGCGUUGUUCCUCGUUGCCGAUACUGCGACGUCUCGUUCUUUUCGUGACCGGAGCCGAAGACGCAACAUGUGCUUUUCGGCAUUCUCGAUCGAUCAAUUAUUCCGUCGUAAAUAUUAGUUAUUUAAAAAAAUUCUACUCUAACCUCUCCAAAGUAAGUAAUCGUGUAUACCAUUGUGCUUACGCGUAUACCUACGAGUUACGACACUGUGUGUGCGAUUUUAUGUAAUGGAGCAUUCAUAAUACAUUUCACAGUUGUCACUGUAAUAGAUCUUGAGCUUGAGUGUUUCUGGUGCACCUACUUACAUAUUAUACAUAUACGUAUAUUUUGCGAAAAAUGGAACAUAACAACAAACAAGCACAGACCAACGGCUUCUUGCCAAAUGGGCAUAAUAACAUAGACAAAGUUGCAGCGGGCAAAAAUAUGAGUCCCGAUUUAAAUGGCUGUGAUACGGGAAUUAUGUUUGUGAUGGAAGAUGAAGAUCAUCAAACGGUAUUACUAAAUUCACUUAAUAUGAUGCGCAAAAGUCGAACAUUUUGUGAUGUUAUAUUAAAUGUGGGAAAUUGCGAGUUACACGGUCACCGUGCUGUGUUGGCCAGCUCGAGUCGGUUUCUGAUGGAGAUGUUUAGCACUGAUGAUGAAGAAAAGAAAGGUUCACAGCGAGAAGCAAUAACGACAUAUGCACUGAAUGCCACUGGUCCACUCAGCGAUUGUUUUGCUGUUGAGAAGCUCAUCGAAUACACCUACACAUCUCGUCUGGAAGCAAAUGUUUACCAAGUAAAAUCAAUAUUUCAAGCAGCUUGUUACUUAAAAAUGGACCGUAUUGCAAAAGAAUUGGCUCGUUUCAUGCUGAAAUACUUAAAUGUCGAUAAUUGUAUUGAGAUACGUUCUCUUCCUUGUAUAUCAACAAACAUAUCGUUUAUUAACCAAGUCAACUCAUUUAUAUCAGCACAUAUGAAAGAGAUUGCUGAAACUUCAACUUUUCUUUCAUUACCAUGCAUACAAAUAGAAAUUUUAAGUCAAACAAAACAAGAGAUGACUUUGAGUACAGGUGAUUCUGUAUCUCAGUUAGUAUUAGAUUGGAUUAAACGUUGUUAUGAUGAGAAUGAACCAGCAACAUUCUUUAAUGGUCUUAUGGAAAAAACAUAUAUGUUAUACUUGGCAUUAGAUAACAUAUUACAGGAUUGUUCAGAACUUCCGUCUGGAGAGUUAAGUGAUACUGAAAUUGUACAGGACUAUAAAAAACUAUCCAAGAAAACAACAUCUAUUCCAAAGACUAGACGUAAAGGUCAAAUACAACCGGCUAAAUCUAGAGUUUUGAUAUGCAACCGUGAAAUGCACGAACGAAGAGAGAGUUUUAUUGAUAGUGAUUGGACUAUACUUGGUGUUACCUGUGUUGGAGAACAUACUUUUUCUGCUUUGGGCUCACUAAAAGGUCAAUUAUGUUCUUUGAGCAUAAAAUUAAAACUAAAUAUAUCCAUGUUAUCAAAUCCACCUUCUACUCAACCGUCACCAUUACACAGCCGAGCUGAAUCUCAAGAAUCAUUGCCCGAUCUUUAUUGUGCUUUAGCUCUCAUGACAUCUGGAAAAUGUGCUAUUGGUUGUGCUAAUUUUAACAAUCGUCUAUUAGUAUGUGGGGGUUAUGAUCGAACUGAAUGUAUAAAAAACGUAGAGUCUUAUGAUCCUGAACAAAAUGUUUGGGAAACUUUUGAACCUAUGUGUGAAGCACGUGGGCGAUUUAAUAUAGCAGUAUUAAAUAACAAAGUAUAUGCAGUUGGAGGCUGCAAUGGAACCACAGAAUUAUCCACAGUGGAAUGUUAUGAUAUGAUUAAAAGAAAGUGGAUUCCUGUGACUUCUUUACCACUUGCUCGAUCAAACACUGGCGUUUGUGAACUGAAUGGUAAAAUAUAUUGCAUUGGCGGAUGGAAUGGUCAAGUUGGAAUUAAACAGAGUGAUGUCUAUGAUCCAAACACAGACAAAUGGACUAGUAUUGCUCCAUUGCAAACAGGAAGAAACCAAGCAGGUGUAUGUGCAAUGAAUGGUAAAGUAUAUGUUGUGGGUGGUUGUGAUACUUGGAAUUGUUUAAACACUGUCGAGUGUUAUGAUCCAGAGACAAAUUCAUGGUCAUUUAUUAAACCAAUUAUUACACCUAGACGUGGUUGUGGGCUUGCCCAUAUCAAAGGAAAAUUAUAUGUUGUUGGUGGUUCUGACGGAACUCAAUCACUAGCUACUACUGAAAUAUAUGAUCCUAACGAAAGAAUAUGGAUUCCAGGUCCAAACAUGAUUACACCUCGUGCAAAUGUAGGAGUUGCUGUUAUUGGGAAUAGGUUGUAUGCUGUUGGGGGAUUCUCUGGCAAAAAAUUUUUGAACAGUAUUGAAUUUUUGGAUGAAUCCAUGGAUGAAUGGACCAGAUUUAGUCCAAGAAAUAAUUGUUCAAAGUCAGCAUCUCCACUUCCUACAGCUGAUACAGUCUGUAAUUUUAAUGAUUGUGAAUUUUCAAAUGGUUUUUCUAAUGGUAUCUCAGAUUAAAGAAAAGAAAAGAAUUUCAUUUUAUACAUACAUUACAUAUAUAUUAUUUUUUUCAAACAUUUUAUAUUUAAAUAAUAUUUAUUUUAUCCGUGUCGUUCUUUUACAACGAUCACAAUGAGUACCCUAUUUAACCCGUCUUUUGGGAUUACUCUGGAAUACCUAAAACCGCUGACCAAUCAUACACUAUCGCUAUUUUCUAUUGAAAAAAAAAAUAUUUUCUUAAUUUUUUUAUGGAACAGAAUAAUAAUCUUAUGAUUACUCUUAGUAAAUAUAAUAUUUAAUAGUUGUUACCAAAAAAUAAUCACAGUGAAUAGGGAAGAAAUCAAUAAGUACUUUUAUUAAUUACAGUUUUUUUUAUCCUAUUCAAUAUCCCAUUACAAAAUAUUAAAUAAUAAUACCAUGUGUAUUCACAUAGGUAAUGCAAUAAUAUGUAAAUUCAGGUCAGGUUAUUAUCAACAAAUUAUUCAAAUUUUGAACACUUAUGGUAUUUAUGACUGGUAAAUAAUAUAUAUGUGUGAGUAUGAAUAGUUAUUAGUAAUUAAUAUAUUUAAGAACCCAGUUUCAACUGAAUUCGCUAUUUACCAAAUAAUUAAUGAUAAACCAUCAAUUUAAAUAAUAAUUAUAUUUACACUUAUGGUCGAGUACUUACUCUAAGUAACAAAUGCCUGAUGAAUUAAAAAAAUUAUCUUGAAAACAUUAACUUAGGUCAUACACAUUGUUUCAAGAAUAAAACAUCUUGGAAAAUGUGAAUCCUAAAAGGUUAAAAUACUAUUGCUUUAUUCUUUGUACUUAGUAUUGUAUCAUUUAUUGUAAUGACUUAGGAAAUACAUUUAAAAUAUAUUGAACACAAAUAUUAUUACUAACUAAGAAACACAAAAAAAAACUUGAAUGUAUUAAUUGUUGAGAAACAUCACUUGGUUUAGUUCCUGAAUGUAUUUUAUUAUUUAAUAAAUAGUUCAUUUUAAGCAAUAAUAAAUUAACAGAAUUUUCUAUGUUAAUGAUUGUCAAACAAUUGUAUAUUUUUUUUUUUAUAUGAUUGGUUUAAAAAACCAAAGAAGUUGAGAAUAAAGUGAAAUGUGUUUAAUUA